GAGUUUACCGCCUAGUUACAACGGGAGCGGUGUUACUCCCAUCAAACUAAAAAUAUUGAAAAAUGUGGAGAACUAAUAUUAAAAUUUUGGUAUUUUGCAAUUUUGUUUUUGUGUUAGUGUUAGCUAAUCAAAGAGAUUGGAAUGCUCCUAAUCCAACAGUGUUUAACAUUGGGGGAGUUCUGAGCAGUAAUGAGAGUGAAAAAUAUUUCAAAGAAACUAUUGACCACCUCAAUUUCGACUCCCAAUAUGUACCAAAAGGAGUGACGUAUUAUCACACAGCUAUACUGAUGGAUCCAAACCCGAUUCGAACAGCUCUCAACGUUUGCAAAUUCUUGAUUGCCAGUAAGGUGUAUGCUGUAGUAGUAUCUCAUCCCCUGACAGGGGAUUUAUCACCAGCUGCAGUUUCGUACACCAGUGGCUUUUAUCAUAUACCUGUCAUCGGGAUUUCAUCAAGAGAUUCAGCAUUUUCAGAUAAGAAUAUUCAUGUCUCAUUUCUCAGGACAGUACCACCAUAUUCCCAUCAAGCUGAUGUAUGGGUCGACAUGCUCAAAUAUUUCAACUACAAAAAAGUUAUUUUUAUACACAGUUCUGAUACAGACGGAAGAGCUCUGCUGGGAAGAUUCCAGACUACCUCUCAGAGCCUUGAAGAUGACGUAGACAUAAAAGUGCAGGUGGAAUCGGUGAUAGAAUUCGAACCAGGAUUUGAAAGCUUCAGAGAACAGCUAGUGGACAUGAAAAACGCACAAGCCAGAGUAUAUCUGAUGUUUGCAAACAAACAUGAUGCCAAAAUUAUAUUCAGAGAUGCUGCUUCACUGAACAUGACAGAUGCUGGAUAUGCUUGGAUCGUCACAGAACAAGCUCUUGAAGCCGAUAAUGUUCCAGAAGGUAUAUUAGGCCUACAACUUGUGAAUGCAACCGAUGAAAAGGCUCACAUUAGAGAUAGUAUAUAUGUUUUGGCAUCAGCUUUGAGAGAUAUGAACCAGACAAGGGAAAUAACAGAGGCCCCAAAAGACUGCGAUAACUCCGGUUCCAUAUGGGAAACAGGCAAAGAUCUCUUCAAUUUCAUAAGAAAACAAGUCCUCUUGAAUGGAGAAACAGGCAAAGUGGCCUUCGACGACCAAGGUGAUAGAAUUAAUGCAGAGUAUAACAUCGUCAAUAUCCAGAGGAAGAAGAAGAAUAAGGUCGUGGUUGGAAAGCACUUUUUCAAUAGGGAAACUAACAAAAUGCACUUGACCGUUGACGAGAAAAGCAUCAUUUGGCCUGGAAGGCAGAGUAUAAAACCUGAAGGAUUCAUGAUUCCGACUCACCUGAAAGUUUUGACUAUCGAGGAAAAACCAUUCGUUUAUGUGAGGAAAAUAUUAGAACCUAAUGAAGGAUGCACUGCAGAGGAAAUUCCAUGUCCUCAUUUCAAUACGUCUGGUGACUUGACGGACAACCUUUGCUGCAAAGGAUACUGCAUGGACCUCCUCAAAGAGUUGUCCAGAAAAAUAAACUUCACGUACAGCCUGGCUCUCUCUCCUGACGGUCAGUUCGGUAACUACGUCAUCAGGAACCAUUCGGGCAGCACCAGAAAGGAGUGGACAGGCCUGAUAGGCGAAUUGGUGGGCGAAAGGGCUGACAUGAUUGUGGCCCCUUUGACUAUAAAUCCGGAGAGGGCGGAGUUCAUCGAGUUCAGCAAACCAUUCAAGUACCAAGGGAUCACGAUAUUGGAGAAGAAACCUUCUAGAUCUUCUACGCUGGUAUCCUUCUUGCAACCGUUCAGCAACACUUUGUGGAUACUGGUUAUGGUUUCUGUGCACGUGGUAGCUUUGGUACUAUACUUGCUAGAUCGCUUCUCUCCCUUCGGGAGAUUCAAGUUGGCCAAUACUGAUGGGACAGAAGAAGAUGCUUUGAAUCUGUCUAGCGCGAUCUGGUUCGCUUGGGGUGUUCUCUUGAACAGUGGCAUUGGAGAAGGUACUCCAAGAAGUUUUUCAGCCAGAGUCUUAGGUAUGGUCUGGGCAGGUUUCGCGAUGAUAAUUGUAGCCUCCUACACAGCUAACCUGGCAGCUUUCCUUGUGCUGGAAAGACCAAAAACAAAAUUGACUGGCAUAAAUGACGCAAGACUUCGUAAUACCAUGGAGAACUUGACUUGUGCAACUGUGAAAGGAUCUGCCGUUGACAUGUACUUCAAGAGGCAAGUGGAGCUCUCGAACAUGUAUCGAACGAUGGAAGCGAAUAAUUAUGAUACUGCCGAGUCAGCUAUCAAUGACGUCAAACACAGAAAAUUGAUGGCUUUUAUUUGGGACAGCUCUCGUUUGGAAUUUGAGGCAGCCCAGGAUUGCGAAUUGGUAACAGCUGGGGAACUCUUCGGACGAUCAGGGUACGGCAUUGGGUUACAAAAAGGUUCACCUUGGUCUGAUGAUGUCACCUUGGCCAUCCUAGAUUUCCAUGAAAGCGGAUUCAUGGAAAGUCUAGACAAUAAAUGGAUUCUCCAAGGAAACUUUCAACAGUGCGAACAAUUCGAAAAGACGCCGAACACUCUAGGACUGAAAAAUAUGGCGGGCGUUUUCAUACUAGUUGGCGCUGGUAUAGUCGGAGGCAUCGGACUGAUAGUCAUCGAAAUGGCUUACAAAAAACACCAGAUCAAGAAGCAAAAACGGAUGGAAUUGGCCAGACACGCCGCGGAUAAAUGGAGAGGAGCUGUGGAGAAAAGAAAAAGUUUGCGUACAUCGUCGGCAGCUCAACGCAGAAUCAAGUCCAACGGGGUGAACGAGGCUGUGACGAUAUCGCACGUUUUCGAUAAAUUCCAGCGGAUUGGCCAGAUGUACGGGGCGGAAAGAACUUGGCCUGGCGAUGCAGACAUCAGGCAAAGAAGAAUGGACGAGGUUGGAGUCCAGCCGGUUCCUAGAUAUUUACCAGCGUUCACUCAAGAUGUUUCCCAUUUGAUUGUCUAAAAUUCCAGUAUAGGUCAAAUCCUUGAUUAUCUGCACUAAUAAUAUGAUCAACGAUCCACCUCCGUGUAAAACGUUGAAUCCAUAUUUGGCCUUAGUUUUUUCUUGACUGGUUCGUGAGCGACUCCUAGCAAUAUAUGGCCAAUUUGUCUAUACUCUCGGUAUCUUCUUCUACUUCUAUCUGCAAGUUGCCUAACUAUAUAUCUAGGGAUAUUCACUUCAUUGAAGCAGGAAAAACACUUACUUUGGUAUGCUCAAGGAGGUUUUUGAAUAAGUACACAUAUUUUAAUCAAGCCAAAAAUUCCAUACUGUAUUAUCACCGAAAUUAUGAACACCUGCCAAAUUUCAAGCUGAUCGGAGUUAUGGAAUUUUUGUUGAAAUUAAAAAAAAAUGGCUGCUCCAAGAUGGCGGACAAGAUUUGGUUCGAUUCCAUUCAAAAUUGGUAAGUGGGGGUUUUUGAGGUCGGAGAUCAUGAUUUUUUUUGUUAAAAUUUAUAAAUUCAAGAUGGCGGCUUCCAAAUAAUUUUUUGUUUUUGUGUAAAUGACGAUAACUCCGUUGUUAUCAACACAAAAUUAUUACUGCGACAUAUCAUCUGUAAGAGAAAAAAAAGUUAUUUGUAACUAAGUCAUAGUGAGCUAUGACCUACAUUUGAAAAACUAAAGUUGGUGCUGAUAUCUCAAAUUCUAGAAGAGUUGGUGUAAAUUUCUUAUUUUUUUCGAAAUCACUUCUGCCAAAACUGCCAUGAGAAUGUGAAAUUCCUAUUUGAAUAUCUUCAAAAAUGAAGAAGUUACGGAGGAGACAUGAAAAUGAUCAUAAUCUGUUUUUUGCGUAUAAAACAGAAACGAAUAGAUUUUAUCAAAAUAUUUUUUCACAUUAUAGUUGGCCUUGACAAACUCCACAUUUGGUGUCAUUUAACCGACCUCGUAUCUCUCACCGUUAAAAAGAUACCCAUGGAGAGCAUGGUAAGUUGGGACACACUGUAUAUACUUAACCAUUUUUUUAUGUUCAUAAUUAUAUCUGAGAAUAUUCCUUUUCAAUAUCUAAAAUUAAAUUUCGAAUAUAUUUGCCAUUACCUUUCGCUACUCAACAAUUAAAAAGUACUACCUAGGAACUGAAUAGAAUUUCUGGCUUCAUUGCUCUCAUGAGGAUAUGGUUCACCUUGUUAGUGUAAAUAAUUAGGGGUUUUAUGGAAUCAAAAUAUAUUGAGUAUAUCUUCAUUGUUAUAUAUAUAGUGACAUUUAGAUGCAUGUAUUUCCAUUGUGAAAUGAUCUUCCUUGGAUAUAUCAGAAGAAAAAUCGUUCAAACUUAAAUAGUAAUGCUCAAAAAAAUAUGAGGACAUAUUUUCUGGCUCUAGUAACAUUCCAGAUAGAAAAUGGGACAUUUAUAUGUUACAUGGAAAAUAUAUGUAUACCUACCUGAGGUGACAGGUCGUUUUUGACAAACAAAUUUGUGCUUUGAAGCAAUAUAAAGUAAUCACCU